GCCAGCAGACGGGAUAAAGUCACAAACUGUUGUCACGUUGACGUAAACUUAAGCUAACCAGCUAACUUGGCUAAGGCGUGUUUAGGUCUUAUAAAUGUAAAUUAUGUUAGUACAACUAUUUUCGUGAAAGGUUGAUUUAUUGUAACUAAACGUACGGUAUAAUCUGUAAGAUAACUUUCAUUUGAGAAGACACAAUUUAAGCUAAAUUACGAAAUUAAGAAACUAUCGUUAAUCUCAGUGGUUUUGCUAACUCUGACGUUUAUUAACGUUUUCAGAGCUUCUGUUGUUAAUAUGUUAAUAUGUCUUAUGAUGAGUUUAUAACAGGUCGUGCUAUUAUUGUAGCAACCCUCGAUAAGGAAAGCUACUAUACGUUAUCUCGCUUGUUGGACUUUAUUAGUUGACAGAACUGUGGUCGGUAGCCAAAAUCAACAGAAACUACUGGGAUGAUUGACAGGUUCAACAGCUGCACGUGUCAUGAGACCUUCACUGACUCCCUGAACUCAGUAAAUGCAAAAAACGUUUUCCUCUUUGUUUCCUCUUUUUUUUUUUUCUCUCAGAGCGAGUCACAUUUCAUCUCAUGGGGAGCCUGGCAGCAGCUACUAUGUUGGGCAUCACUGCCCAUCGCCUCAGUAAGAAUGUAACCAUCUAUGUGAAUGAAUUGGCACCUGCAGUCUCAGGAUGUCAGACCAAAGCCCCUGAAGAUAAACCCUUUAUGCUCAUGCUGCCCUGGUUGGGUUCACAUCCUAAAGCUGUGGCUAAAUACUGUGAAAUCUACUUCCGCACCGGCUAUGAUGUGCUUGUAGUGGCGAGUGAGGUUCAAGAGUUCCUGUGGCCUCGCUGGGGCCUCGAUCAUGGAAAGCGGUUGCUGGAGUUGCUCCACAGUGAACGCUUUGUGUCCCGCCCACUGCUUGUCCAUGCCUUCUCUAUUGGUGGCUACACAUUUGCUCAGCUGGUGGUACACAUGUCCCGGGACACACAGAAAUACCAGGCGCUCACACAGAGGAUCAAAGGCCUGGUCUAUGAUAGCCUUGUGAUGGGCUCGGUGGAGACAAUGGCCACAGGUCUGGCUAAGACUGUAUUUCCACGAUGGGAGCCGGUGGUAAAAAAAGUAAGCCUGUUAUACUUUGACCUGUUCAGACGCCAGACAGUAGACUACUUUAACAUGAGCAUUGAUGCUUUUUGGAGCACUCCCAUCACUGCUCCUGCACUGUUCUUCUUUUGCGAGAACGAUGCGUUGAGCGAAGCACGAGCCAUAGAGCAGUUGAUCGAUCACUGGCGGAAGCGUGGGAUAGACGUCACGGCAAAGAAGUGGGAGGACUCGACACAUGCAGGUCACCUAAAGAGGCACCAGCAAGAGUAUCUGACCACCCUAGACAUGUUCCUCCACUCACUCCGCGGCACCCCGCUGAAGGCCAAGCUGUGAGAUGAUUUCAGUACAACACAAACCACAAUAGCUUGACUUUGCUUGUUUUCUUUGUUUAAAAUACUUAGUAGCGUACGAUGUGUUACGAUUAUCGGAAUGGAUAUUCAAUUCAAUUUUAUGUUUCACAUUUUCCUACCGGUAAAGUCAUGAGAUUUUAUUUCAACUAACUAAGCCGAACACACAUCGGUUUAAAAAUAUGUUGAGUGUAUUAUUAUGUAUAUAACUAUAUAUAUUUUUGAGUUGUAUGACUCACAGCAGCAGCAGCAGGAAGGAAUAAAGGAGCUCCGGUUUCUCUCCUUCACACACCACGAGGGAAGCAGCCUCUAACAAAAGAAGCUCUUUAAAUAGCCUGCAUGCACAAGAACAAUAGAUUUCAUUAGGUCAUGUUUUCAAUGUGCUUUUUUUGUAGUCCUUCUUCGUUGUAGUUUCGCCAUGGCAGACCUACGUCAGUGACAUCCGCCGGCGCAUCAUAAUUACGUAGUUUAGUGAAAGUGGAGUCCGAUUCUCGAAGCACCACGGUGGUCUUUGCCUAACUCACGAAUUCUCCUUCACAUCUUUCCUUGACGUCAAGGAAAAGUGGUUAGGAAUAGACCGUAGGAGGUAAUGUUUUGACUUUUCGACCGCAGCCAGAGUCUUGUGUCAGAAAACUUCCGUCAGAACAUUCAUCCAUUGACUUUGAAUAAACCACUUGUGCUGUCAAAUUCACUUUGCUUUACUGUAGAUCUAAAACCCUGCUUGUUAUCUUGAAGUGAGAACACAGACGCUCCAACUGGAAAAAAAUCCAGUUUUAAGGCACUGUAUUUUUAGCACAGACUAUUGCCAAGAUGCUGGAUCUCAUUAUCAACUACAUCAGCUCCAUGAUGUGAAUUGUACAGUAUAGCAUACAAUGAAGGAUUGUGCAUUUGCUGUUUCUGUGGGUGUGUCUUUGCAAGGACACUCUGAUAUGUCCUUGUUUGCCCUUUAUUUCAAGGACAGUGUUGUUUGUGUUUAUGAAUUGUUGCAACAUAUUUACCUUAAACUUUACUGAUUGAGUGUGCGCUCAUCUCCCGAAGUAACCAUACCAAAUUGCUGCUUUGAGGAAGUUGCACUUUAAAGGUGUGCAGUUGUUUUUGUGACAGUGAUCACAUACAUGAGUCAGUAACGAGAUUUAUGGAACCUUCUCUUCAAUAGUUGUUUCCAGAAGCCUUCGUGCUCUACAUGCACUCUACUUUCCCGAAGUCAAAACAUAAUGUUGUCACUACACAACCUCAUAAAUACACAAAUGUUGUACCACUGCUUAGAAGAAUGUAUUUUUUUCCACACCAAAAACCAUGUUGGUGAGUGUCGACAGUACUGAACAAAACACCACAUGACCUUUUGACAGAGACGGCACAGUAAGCCUCUGUGGUAAACCUGUAUAAGUGACGGUGCUUUCCCAAACUACCAAAGCAGUACGUGGCGAGUUAGAAUUAUUCUAACCUUUUACAAAUUAAUGAAAUGUCUGAGCUGUCUGUUAUUGAUCGUGUGCCUAUAAUAUUCUAAGAAUGUGUCUUGUAACUUGAACAUUUUAACAUUUCUUAUUUGUUCAGUAAAAAUUAUUUUUCAACUUUC